AUGGCGUUUCGAAUCACCAUCUGUUUCUGCUUGUUCCUUCUUUCUCCUUCCCUUUCUUCUCUCAACCCCCCAUUAUGUAAUUCUCAUGAUUCCAUUGCGCUUUUUCAUUUUAAAAACUCUCUCUCUCUUGAUCAUUCUGCUUCAAUGGAGUGUGAUGAGUUUCAUGGUGAUGAUAAUAGUUAUACUAUACAGUUUAAGAACUCAUCUUACCCAAAGACAGCUUCGUGGGGAAAUGAUUCAAACUGUUGCUUGUGGGAUGGGAUCACGUGUGACUCCAUGUCUGGUCAUGUGAUUGGCCUUGAUCUUACUUGUAGUUGGAUCCAAGGUCAACUCCAUCCAAACAAUAGCCUCUUCCAACUUUCUCAUCUCCAAACACUCAACUUAGCUCACAACAAUUUUAGUGGGUCUUUGAUAUCAUCUCAUUUUGGUGGUCUUUCCACUCUGAUGCAUCUAAACUUAAGCUAUUCUACUUUUGCUGGUGAAAUUUCUCCUAAAAUUGCAGAAUUGUUUAAGUUGGUCUCUCUUGAUUUGUCUAUGAAUGGAUUUGAAGGGUUGAGUUUAAGACUUGAACCAUCCACUUGGGAGAAGCUUGCUCUAAACAUGACUGAUAUGAGAGAACUUGUUUUAGAUGAUGUAAAUAUGUCUUCCAUUGCACCAAGCUCCUUGUCUUUGAAGUCGCUUAAUAUUUUGAGUCUUAAACGUUGCAGAUUUGAUGGGCCUAUUCCUAUAGGUUUUGGGAAUCUCACUCAAUUAACUGAUUUGAACCUUGCAGGAAACAAUUUUAGUGGUGAGCUUUCAUUUCUUUCAAAUAUUCAAAGUCUCACUUCAUUAGACCUCAGUGACAAUUAUUUUAAUGGUCUCUUACCAAAUUCCAUAGGCCAUUUGAAAUCUCUUAAUUUUUUGGGUCUUCAGGAGAACCAAUUUCAUGGGCCUAUUCCUACAAGUUUGGGAACCUCACUCAAUUAA